AUGACACAUACGCCAGACACAACAACAACACCGUUGAAUGAUAAUGAGCUCGAAUGUCGCUGCGAGGGAGAAGCACUGACACGUGUGCCACAGACAUUACAGCUGCCACUACAAAGGCUAACUAUUGCAUCUGCGGGCUUGCCACGUUUACGGUCGGUUGGAUUGAAGGUGUAUGGAGCCACAUUAUUAGAUGUUGCAUUCAUUAAUUGUCUUCAACUUGAAGCUAUACAGGACAGCGCUUUUUCCAACUUAACGGUUCUCCGGACUAUUUAUAUUUCACAAGCGCCGAAAUUAACAUUCCUGUCCAAAGAUGUUUUUGAGGGAAUUUCCGAUACCAUAGAAAUUAUACGAAUAAUUAAUAGUGGUUUAACAAGCGUACCCGAUCUUGGACACUUACCACCCUAUAAUAUUUUGCAAAUGAUAGAUCUCGAUAAUAAUCAAAUUUCUCGAAUUGAUUCCAAAUCUAUUAAAGUGAAGACUGCACAAUUUGUUUUGGCAAACAAUGACAUAACAUUUAUUGACGAUUCCGCGUUUAUGGGUUCCAAAAUAGCAAAACUUUCAUUAAGGGACAAUCGAAAACUAACCGAUCUUCAUCCAAAUGCCUUCUAUGGCAUAAUUGAUAUAACCGAGCUUGAUCUCUCAAGCACUUCACUAGUCCGGUUGCCAUCAGCUGGACUGCAAUCCGUGGAGGUGUUAUACAUAACAAAUACGCAUACCUUGAAAACAAUACCCUCAAUAUAUAAUUUUCAGAACUUACAGAGAGCUCAUUUAACGCACUCUUUUCAUUGCUGUGCAUUCCAAUUCCCCUCAAGACAUGAUCCCCAAAGACACGCCCAGCGUAUGCAGGAACUGGAGAAGUGGAGAGAACAGUGCAACAGUAAUCGUGAUGUUCGCAAGCAAUUAAACAGUCAAAGAAACCCCAUACCAGAGGAUAGAACAUUUGAUGAUCAUUGGGGCCGUUGGGAACGGAGUAUACCCAAUCAGGUUGAUAAUAUGGUAUUGUAUGACAACACUGAUGAUCCAUUGAGCGUGGGUACACCCAAUACAUAUAACUAUUUAACCGAUUCCACAAUGAAUAACGUUGGAGUUUUUCAUGAGGAAAUUACAUUGAAUCCCGACGAUGAUCAACUAGCUGAAUAUUGCGGUAACUUUACAUUUAGAAAACCUAAUAUUGAGUGCUAUCCCAUGCCAAAUGCUCUGAAUCCCUGCGAGGAUGUCAUGGGCUAUCAAUGGCUUCGAAUAGCUGUUUGGAUUGUUGUUGCAUUGGCUGUUGUUGGCAAUGUUGCGGUACUCACAGUCAUCCUUUCCAUUAAAUCUGAAAGUGCAUCGGUUCCCCGGUUUUUAAUGUGCCACCUGGCAUUUGCUGACCUUUGCCUAGGACUUUAUCUGCUGCUUAUUGCCUCAAUAGAUGCGCAUUCAAUGGGCGAAUACUUUAACUAUGCUUUCGAUUGGCAGUAUGGAUGGGGCUGCAAGAUCGCAGGAUUUUUGACCGUUUUCGCUAGUCAUUUGUCGGUCUUUACCUUAACUGUUAUCACAAUCGAACGAUGGUUCACAAUUACACGUGCUUUGUAUUUGGACAAGCGUAUGAAAUUGCGUCAGGCUGCUGGAAUUAUGCUAUUGGGUUGGCUCUACUCAAUUUUCAUGUCGUCGUUGCCUUUAUUUGGCAUCAGUAAUUAUUCAUCAACGAGUAUAUGUUUACCCAUGGAAAAACGUGACACUUACGAUUCUGUGUACUUGAUAUUGAUUUUGGGCUGCAAUUUUAUGGCUUUCACAAUUAUUGCCAUAUGCUAUGCCCAAAUAUACAUAUCACUGGGUCAUGAAACUCGUCAUGCACGUGAUAACAUUCCCGGCGAGAUAAGCAUAGCCAAAAAGAUGACACUUUUGGUAUUUACAAAUUUCACUUGCUGGGCUCCAAUUGCUUUCUUUGGACUUACUGCUUUGGCCGGAUAUCCGUUGAUCAACGUUACUAAAUCGAAAAUAUUAUUGGUUUUCUUUUAUCCCUUAAACUCUUGUGCUGAUCCAUAUCUAUAUGCUAUACUAACUUCUCAGUACCGUCAGGAUUUGAUCACCUUAUUGUCAAAAUUGGGUAUUUGCCGUCGAACUUUAGUGAAAUAUAAACACAGUGAAUCCUUGCCUGCAACUACACAGUACACAUUACGCGGCUCCAUUGAUCGUAACAACUCACUUGGCCAAAAGGGUCAAGUCGAACUGCUUGCGGAGACACAGAAAAUGCUAAGGAAUGAAGAGGAAUAUGUGUAAAAGAUUCUACGCGUUUUUAUUAUUGAUCAUCCGACGUCUUCCUUAUAUACCAUCCGAUUUUUAGUCUAAAAAAAGCUUGUAUUGCUGAAACUGUCCUAGGACAAAAAAAAACUAGUUUUAAUUAUAAAGAAAGCAAAGGUUUCUAAUAAAAAAAACUUGCUAGUUAAGUUGUGAUAAUAUUAUUUUAAUUACUUUUAUUUACAUUGUAAUAAUUAUUUUGACCUUAAGCUCUCUAUAAUCGUAAAUGAUUACUAGCACAUGUCCUAAAAUAAUGUGAAUUCAUCAAAUCUUACAUCAGCAGUAUUGAUAAUUUAGUUUUAAAUUUAUAAAAUAGCUUUAAAUAAAUUGAUUUGAGAAAAUUUAGCUGCGCUAAACUUGCAAUUCAUAUGUAUUUCACCAACUUGCACUCAAUGGUGUUUCUCUUAACUAAUAAUGUAAUGAAUUUUCGACUAUAAAAAGUAAUAUAAUCUUUAAAAAAGUAAUAAGAACAUGUAAUAAAAAAAUGGGACUUUUAAAC